CAUUGGCCACCCGCUCAAACGCUAAACAACCAAUGGAGGGGCGCCGACCACGAGCCAUCCUCCCCUCGGGCCGCGUGUCCCUCACGCUGAUUGGUAGAAAGUUACUGUGGGAAAGAAAGUUUGGGAAGUUUCACACGAGCCGUUCGCGUGCAGUCGGAGAUAUAAAUAAGACCAAGACGACGCUGAGGCAGGCAGUUGCUACGACCGCUGGCAAACGGUGAAAUCAGAGACUGUGACAUCAUUGCCGCACCAGUUGAACUCGGGACACUUCGUGCGGAUAUCCAUUCAUAUCUGGAACUGUAUCUGCGUACAGCGUUCACUCUAGUAGAAGAUACAGUUGGAUUUCUUUAAAAAAAAAAAAUCUCAAAGGAUACUUCCCAGAGAAGAUGCCUGCCGAUAUCAUGGAAAAAAACUCCUCUUCUCCGGUUGCCGCGACUCCGGCGAGCAUGAACACUACACCUGAUAAACCCAAAACGGCUUCUGAGCACAGAAAGUCUUCUAAACCUAUUAUGGAGAAAAGAAGAAGAGCGAGAAUCAACGAAAGCUUGGGUCAGCUGAAAACGCUAAUCUUGGAUGCUCUGAAAAAAGAUAGCUCCAGACAUUCUAAACUCGAGAAAGCGGACAUCCUGGAGAUGACAGUGAAACAUCUUAGAAAUAUGCAGCGGGCACAAAUGACCGCUGCUCUGAACACGGACCCCACCGUUCUUGGGAAAUACAGAGCUGGAUUCAGUGAAUGCAUGAACGAGGUGACCCGGUUUCUGUCCACCUGUGAAGGGGUUAACACCGAGGUCAGGACCCGGCUGCUAGGUCACUUAGCAGGCUGCAUGACACAGAUCAACGCCAUGAAUUAUCCAACACAGCACCAGAUACCUGCCGGGCCUCCUCAUCCAUCCUUCAGUCAGCCAAUGGUUCAGAUCCCCAGCGCGACUCAGCAAGCCAACGUUGUGCCUCUUAGCGGAGUCCCCUGCAAAAGCGGAUCUUCCUCCAACUUGACUUCCGAGGCAACAAAAGUAUAUGGAGGUUUCCAACUUGUGCCGGCAACGGACGGACAGUUCGCCUUUUUGAUUCCCAACGCUGCCUUUGCUCCAAACGGUCCCGUUAUUCCAGUGUAUGCCAACAAUUCCAGCACACCGGUGCCGGUGGCCGUGUCUCCGGGAGCACCGUCCGUCACGUCAGAUUCCGUUUGGCGGCCUUGGUAGACUAUACCUAUGGAAAGCAAAAAGAAAAACUCUUAAAGACUCUUAAAAUACAAAUGACACUUGUUUUCUUUGUUCAGCGUUCAUUUUUGUUCUUUUUGUAUGAAAAUGUGUUUUAAGAGAUGAUGCACUAUAUUUGUAUAGAUCAAAAGGGAGAGAAGUUCAUAUUGAAAUAAGUUUUGUAUUGUUGAAUUCCGUUCAAUGCAUUUUUUAUAUUUGCGGUAUCUUUUCCACGUUGUGAUGCCAAAGAUAUGUCGAAUGCGCUUUCAAGUUUCUUCUUUUUGGAAGAUAAAUAAAUGACAUAUU